CUGGUAUGCACAUACCAUUUAUGUUAUGCAUGUUAUGUUAUAAAAAUGGCAGCAGGCUUCAAGAAGACGAAUGCCAAAGUUUUUGCUAAAAUUAAGCCGGAAUUGACGACGGAUAAUAUCUACUGGAAAAAAUUAACGGCUCCAGUUCUGGUGAAAGAAUUUGGCCCCAUCGAUUACAUAGAUUUUUCUCCGAUCGAGCCUCACUACUUCGCUGUCACUUGCUCGGUGAGAGUCCAAGUGUACAACCCAAUUACAAAAUUAGUAAUUAAAAAUCUCAGUAAAUUCAAAGAAGCGGCUUACGGUGGUGCCUUCAGGGCAGAUGGUAAAUUACUCUGUGCAGGGGGUGAAGAGUCUGUCGUAAAACUCUUCGAUGUCUCCACGAAGAGUCUUCUGCGUGUUUUUGCUGGGCACAAGGCAGCAAUUCACAGGACAUUUUUCACAGCUGAUGGGCAUCACAUCGCCUCUUUCUCUGAUGAUAAAACCAUUGCUCUCUGGGAUAUUCCCAGUGAGAAGCAAAUUGUCACAUUCAGCGAGCAUGCGGAUUACAUCAGGGCUGGGGCUGUCAGUCCUGUGUCUCCAGAUAUUUUAUUGUCUGGAGGGUAUGAUAAAAUAGUGCAGAUGUAUGAUGCCAGAACCAGCAAGAGUGUUUGCAGUGUUAAUCAUGAGGCUCCUGUUGAGAGCAUCGUCUUUUUACCUUCUGGAGGCAUUUUUAUAUCUGCAGGUGGAACCGAAAUGCGAGUUUGGGAUGCGCUGGCAGGUGGUAGACUCCUGGCGAAGAUCUCUCACCACCACAAAACGAUAACCUGCUUGAAAAUAGCCUCCAACGGUCACAGGAUAGUCUCAGGAUCGUUAGACAGGCACGUAAAAAUUUACGACGCAGGAAAUUACAAAGCUGUUCACACUCUGGAUUAUCCCAAUGCUGUUUUAAGCGUUGGUAUCAGUGCUGAUGAUGAGACAAUUGUUGCUGGAAUGGUGGACGGUCUGAUCUCAGUACGAAGACGAGAAGACGACACGAAGAAUGGUAUUAAUGGCAAAAAGAAGAAAAUGUCGUUUAGGAGAGCUGGACAGAAUCUUCGUUCGUCUACGGUUGAUGUAAUCGUUCCUGAUGAGCGUAAGGAGACUAUGAGCAAACACGACGCCUGUCUCAGAAAAUUCCAGUACUCCAAAGCUCUGGACUGUGUCAUGGUUAAUUAUAUCGUUAAUAAAACCCCACAUGUUACUGUGGCACUCCUUCAGGAGCUCAUUAGACGUCAGGGACUGAGACAGGCACUUGCUGGUAGGGAUGGCAAGUCUCUCGUUAAUUUCCUCAAGUUUUUAAUAAAACAUGUCGGCAAUCCAAGGUUUGGCAGAGUUAUGCUGUACGUUGGAAAUGUCUUAAUGGACGUUUACGAGGAGACUCUAGACGAAUUGGGACCAGAGCCGCGUUUGAUGUUCACCCUCUUAGAGAAAAAAUUGAAGGAAGAGGAGGAGCUGAUCACUAACCUGGCAGAACUGCAAGGCACCCUUCACAUGAUCCUCUCAGGAGCUGAAACCUCUGAACCAAUGGUUAUCAGAGAGCCUCAGGGCUUGACAGCCUCUACCGCAGCACAGAAGAACCUCGUGCUCAGUAUAUCAUGAUAUAAACCUCCAUA